CUUCUUAUAAGGUCGUAUAAUUUCUUAUACCUUCUUUGUGUAAGAUCUUAUAAGAUCAUACAAGAUCUUGUACAUUCCUAUGAUAAGAAAAGUCUUGUAAAAUCUUAUAAGAAUCUUGCUACAAGAUAUCAUAUGAAAUCUUGUAAGAUCUUAUAGGAAAUUGAUAAGAAUUGAUAAGACCUUUUGAAAUCUUAUGAUUUCUUAUUAUACGAUCACCCAAGAUCGUAUAUGAUCUUGUAAGAUCUUCCAAGAUCUUGUUAUCUAAUCCUUGGACCUAGGAACCUCUGUUUUGCUACAAAUUCUAUAUUCUUUGAUGUGUCUGCUAGAGUAUAAAGUAGAGUAUAAAGUAAAACAUACGAAGUUAAAGUCGAAAGUUUUAGUAGGCGCAUUUUCUUUAGGUAGUUCUUUAGAGAACACGAAAAAAGUUUUCUUCUUUAUAUUAUACGCUAUACAAAUGCAGACCUUUAUAAAUAAGUUGGCGGACCCAGAACGCGAGAGAAAAAGUAAGCAUCUUUCAAAUAAAGCAACCACUUGUUUUCUUUGCUCUUUUCUUCCUCUAUGUGUUUCCAACUACAGUAUAGUUUAGCGCAAUUUUACGCUUAGUACUCCUCUAGAAUGAAAACCGACAUGACUAAUCGCUUCGGCAUGGUCAAAAACCCCUAUUCUGAUCUGUUCUAGAGUAAUCCAAUGGCAUGAGGCCGAUUUCGAUGGUUUUUCUAUGCAAGUCCAGGAGUACUCAAAGUUGGAUAUGGCUAACUUUUCACCACCUCAACGAGCGAAAAAUUUGGAUGUAGAGGUUUUAGAUAUCGCUGAUUCAGAUGCGCAUAUCAAAUCAAAAAAUUAAAACUUCACCAGUACCUCGGUUCCUGGCGUGAUCCUCGAUCGUCUCAUAGAUCCUGUCUCAAAUAUCUCGCAACCGUAGAAAGGCUAUUAAUAUUUAUGAAGUGAUCUUUCUAUUCGAGUGAUUUUUUUAGGUGAAGAAUUUAAAUAUAGUUAAUAAGAGAUAAACCACUGUAAUAAGCAUGAGAACAGACUAUUUUCUGUUAGACGUUUCGUCUUUAUUUAAAAGACAUCAUCAGUCAAAUGUGACAGACGAUAGUUGAUUCAAAAUAAUUCUCUCUAUUCCCAAAAAAACUUUGAACGUAUUUUGACGACGCAUGAUUCAAUCGUCAUAUAUUGUGCAAAAAUGAAAAGUUUUAUUUUAUCUAUUUUAUUUCGUUCUACACACUUGUACUUCUAUUUAUCUGUUAUUUUGAACCAACUAUCGUCUGUCACAUUUGUUUGAUGAUGUCUUUUGAAUAAAGACGAAACGUCUAACAGAAAAUAGUCUAUUUUCAUGCUUACUAAGGUGGUUUAUCUCUUAUGAUCUUUCUACAUCUAGGAACGAACGCCUUCACGUUUGCUGGAGUUUUUAUCGAUGCUGUUUACAUCUCCAGUGUUUCUAUUUUUAUUUUUACCAAUCGUCUUAAUUGUAUAUUCUUUGAUAAAACCUCAGUUCCAAAAUGCUUCGUUAUGCUUCGCCAGUUUAUUGUUUUAUUUCUGGGAUGAGACUUCUUACACAAUUAUUAUGCUCAUAUCUAUAUCCAUUAAUUAUUUAAGCGCAUUAGGAAUGGAGUAUUUGCGGACUAACUUCAUUUUGCACGAACCUAAAGUUCGUCAGCUCCUUCGCGUCUCGAUUUUUGCCAACCUAACGAUGCUAAUUUUCUUUAAAUAUUUGAUUUUCUUUGUGGAAAGUUUUAAUACAAUCACGCGUAUAGUUGGAUGGAACCCUCUGAAGACUCCUUCAAUCACUUUGCCAAUCGGAAUUUCCUUCUAUACCUUUCACGGGCUAUCCUACAUUAUCGACGUUUACCGACAACAAGCCAAAGUGCAAACAAAUAUAAUCGUAAUCGGAUUAUAUUUUUGCUUUUUUCCUCAGCUAAUUGCUGGUCCUAUUCUACGCUAUCGUGAAAUUGCACAUCUCCUUGAAGAACGUAGAAUAAGUCGACAAGGAUUUGCAGAAGGUAUAAUUCGAUUUACAAUUGGUUUAUCGAAAAAAAUGCUGAUAGCGAAUACCCUCGGUGCAACUGCAGAUGCAGUAUUCAAUUUGAGAGUCCAAAAUCUGGAUGCUUCCCUUGCAUGGUUAGGGUUGCUGACUUAUACACUCCAAAUUUAUUCCGAUUUUUCGGCGUAUUCAGACAUGGGUAUUGGUCUCGCAAAUAUGUUUGGUAUUCGAUUUCCUGAAAACUUUGAUUAUCCCUAUGUGCUGGUAGCCGCACACACUUAUAUAAAUGUCAAAUUUUUUGGAGUCUCUGGUGUACGUAAGGUCAUUGUUGGUAAAAAAGGAUGGCUUUAUUAUGAUGCUCAUGAAGCUCAAGAUGGGAUAGGAUUUGCUGGUUGGCAGGGUAAGAUACCCUAUUCAAAAGCCCAGUUAACAGCUAUAGAAAGGAAUCUAGAAGCGCAGAAGGUUUGGUUUGAUAAACGUAAUAUUAUUCUUAUUGUUAUUCCAUGCCCUGAUAAGCAUUCAAUAUAUCCUGAAUAUUUACCUUGGAGAUUUAAGGGUGUAAGUGGUCCAAGUAGACUUGCGCAGAUGUUCGACCACUUGAAACUGCAUUCCAAGCUCGGCUUACUUGACAUCAAAGAAAAUCUAUUGGUCGCGAAAAAAUCAACUCCUUUAGACUUGUACUUUAAAACUGACACACACUGGACCACCGCUGGAAGUUUCAUUGUCUAUAGUGAAAUAAUGAAACAGCUGCUCGUUAUCUUUCCUGAACUUAUACCGUAUCGACUUGAAGACUUCAUACAAGAUCGAAACUUAAAGAUGCAAGGAGACUUAGCCUUAAUGGCUGCCCUUGAUACGUCUGACAUUUUAGAACAUCAGCUUAUUCUAAAGCAAAACUCAAGUCUCGGCAUAGGACUAAAACUAAACAAAUUACUUAUUUUCGGUGACUCGUUUUCAACAUACAUACAACAUUAUUUCUUACGACAUUUCAAUCAUGUGCAACUCAUUCGAAGUGCAACUCAUAAAACUCCUAUGUCACCAAUUAAUGAAAAAAACAUCUCAGAUUAUCAACCCUCUGUGGUAAUUGUGGAGUCGGUGGAGCGUUCCUGGACAAUGAUGGAUAACGUAUGGUGAACGGCAUGAAAAUUAUGGGAAAAAUAAUCAUGUCGCAACAUUAGAUUGAUUAAAAAUCCAUCGAAUUUUGACGAACAUCGAUCAAAGUGUCCGUUUAUCAUCCGAAAUUUCAUUUCUUUUUCUGUGUCAUCAUUUCUCUGUGGCAACUUUUCAUUAAAACGAUGUAAAAGUCAUUAUUUUUUUCGCUUCCUUGGCUUUCUUGGAAACUCACCCUCACCCCUCAACAUAAUUAUUUAGCAAGACCGAAAACUCCCAAAAGUAUAUUUUGUGACUGCACUACACUAUGCUUACACUAUCAACAAAACGCUUAGACCUUUUAGGGUUUUCGAAGCCCCAGGAUUUCUGAAACACUCUGUUCGCAUCAAGAAUUUUAACUGCCAAAAAGAAUCUAAAGAGCUCGGCCAGUCGAACGAACGGUGGAAUCAGCGAUGUUUAAAAUGUCUAAAUUCAAAUUUUUAGCGCGUUGGUGAAAAGUCAGCCAUAUUCAGUUUUAAGCAGUCCUGGACUUGCUCAUCAGCAUACGCUCAAAUCUUCGAUCUAUCGAAAAUCACACAAGCUAAUACUUCUAGACACCACACAAUUAACACCGGAGAUGCUGUUCCAAUUAGUUCACGUCCAUAUCCUAGGACUGUUCAAGAACGACGAGAAUUACAAAAGAUGAUACAGGAAAUAAUGG